AUGAGGUACAAGGUAUUCCCAUCUGACAUGUAUAUGACAGGUUCAAGCCAAUGGGACGGUGCUAAAGUGGUGGACGGAAAAUGUUAUCUGCUGGUACUAACAUCACUGAAGUGGGGCGAAGCUAAGCAAGCAUGUGAGGAUAUUGGAGGAACUCUUGCAACAGUGGCAUCAGAUGCUCUUAUAUCUGACAUCAGUACAGCCUUUAACUUUUUCGAGAACGGUUACUGGAUUGGUCUAAACGACAUAGCAACUGAAGGAACAUACGUGUGGACUGAGGACGGGAGCACGGCUAGUGGAAUCAGUAGCCUGUGGGGUGAAGACAGACCAGUAACUUCCCCGGACAACGAAUUUGACUGCAUCUACGUCGACGAAACUAACAAGUUUUUAGACGUACAAUGUGGUGUUGUUUCAACCUACUAUCUGUGCGUGGAACCCAAUUCGUCUACGACAAAAUGCCCUGAUCCAACAAUAACAACGGAAGCUUCUGCCAAUGGAACGACGCCACCAGCUGCUACAACGUUGGCUUCUGCAACCACUACAACUACAAUGUUUUACUCUAGGAAAGCAUUGCAAGAAAGGCUAACACAACAAAGGUUCUCAAAUGCUGUUUGACAAGUUCCGUACAGAGCUGAUUCCUACAUCAUUCUAAACUUACUUUUUAAGUUCCUUUCCAAAAUAAAUCAUCUUAUUUCGGUCUGUUAAAUAUUUUAACUGUCGAAUUUUA